AUGAGUUCGAAUCCACGACUCCGGGAAGCCUUUGCCCUUUUCGACAGGGAUGGAGACGGAGAGUUGACUGCCAGCGAGGCUCUAUUGGCUAUCCGUUCUACGGGGGUUAUUGUGGCUGCCGAGGAGGCAAGCAGCCUGCCGACCACCAUGAACUGGGAGCAGUUUGAGAGUUGGGUCAACAAGAAACUGAGCAGCAGCAACCCGGAGGCGGACUUAAUCAAGUCCUUUAAAGUAUUUGACACAAAGGGGGACGGCACUCUCUCGACAGACGAACUUAUGCAAGUUAUAAAGACCUUAGGAGAUCUGCUGACGGACGAAGAGGUUGAGCGUAUGGUUAAUGACGCAGACCCAAGCAAAACAGGGCGAAUUAAAUAUGCCGAUUUUGUAAAGUACCUCUUGAGCAACUGA